GCGUGACGUCACGAGACACCAGGAAGCUGCCGGUCUCCGCGCGCGCGCUCACUGAGAUCCGAGGUUUGGAAGAAAAACGGAAAACCCAGUGGAACACCAAUGCCGACGGUGACGGCCGACGCCAGGAUAGCGGCCACGGGCUUGAAGCGAGGGCAACCCGGCUCUUGUCCCAAGAAAGGAAUCCGCUCCCCGCUGCCCUCCACGGUGGCUGCACGCUGAGCCCCAACUUUCCCAGGAGCUGACGCUCUGCAGAAUUGGCCUGAUGGAGCAAAGGCACUCAGCGCAGCUCAGUACAAGAAGGAAACAAUGCGACCAGCAUGCAAACAGCACGGAUUGUACUGGAAAAUUGACACAGCACCAGAGAACACACACAGGAGAGAAACCUUUUAAGUGCACUCUGUGUGGGAAGGCGUUUGCAAAGUCAUCAAAUCUUAAGACCCACCAGAGAACACACACAGGAAAGAAACCUUUCAAGUGCACUGUGUGUGAGAAGGCGUUUGCACAGUCAUCACAUCUUCAAAGACACCAGAGAACACACACAGGAGAGAAACCCUUCAAGUGCACUGUGUGUGAGAAGGCAUUUUCAUGGUCGUCAUAUCUUCAGACCCACCAAAGAACACACACAGGAGAGAAACCUUUUAAGUUCAGUGUGUGUGGGAAGGCGUUUGCAAAGUCAUCAACUCUUCAGACCCACCAGAGAACACACACAGGAGAUAACCCCUUCAAGUGCAGUGUGUGUGGAAAGGCAUUUUUUGAUUCAUCUACUCUUAAACAACACCAGAGAACACACACAGGAGAGAAACCUUUUAAGUGCAGUGUGUGUGGGAAGGCGUUUGCAAAGUCAUCAAUUCUUAAAUCACACCAGAGAACACACACAGGAGAGAAACCUUUCAAGUGCACUGUGUGUGAGAAGGCGUUUGCACAGGCGUCCAUUCUUAAAUCACACCAGAGAACACACACAGGAGAUAAACCUUUUAAGUGCACUCUGUGUGGGAAGGCAUUUGCAAAGUCAUCAAAUCUUAAGACCCACCAGAGAACACACACAGGAGAGAAACCUUUUAAGUGCAGUGUGUGUAAAAAGGUGUUUGCACAGUCAUCCAUUCUUAAAUCACACCAGAGAACACACACAGGAGAGAAACCUUUUAAGUGCACUCUGUGUGGGAAGGCGUUUGCAAUGUCAUCAAAUCUUAAGAUCCACCAGAAAACACACACAGGAGAGAAACCUUUUAAGUGCACUCUGUGUGGGAAGGCGUUUGCAAAGUCAUCAAAUCUUCAAACCCACCAGAGAACACACACAGGAGAUAAGCCCUUCAAGUGCAAUGUGUGUGGGAAAGCAUUUUUUGAUUCAUCUACUUUUAAACAACACCAGAGAACACACACAGGAAAGAAACCUUUCAAGUGCACUGUGUGUGAGAAGGCGUUUGCACGGUCACCAGAUCUUCAAAGACACCAGAGAACACACACAGGAAAGAAACCUUUCAAGUGCACUGUGUGUGAGAAGGCGUUUGCACAGUCAUCACAUCUUCAAAGACACCAGAGAACACACACAGGAGAGAAACCCUUCAAGUGCACUGUGUGUGAGAAGGCAUUUUCAUGGUCGUCAUAUCUUCAGACCCACCAAAGAACACACACAGGAGAGAAACCUUUUAAGUGCAGUGUGUGUGGGAAGGCGUUUGCAAAGUCAUCAAUUCUUAAAUCACACCAGAGAACACACACAGGAGAGAAACCUUUCAAGUGCACUGUGUGUGAGAAGGCGUUUGCAUGGUCGUUUAUUCUUAAAUCACACCAGAGAACACACACAGGAGAGAAACCCUUCAAGUGCACUGUGUGUGAGAAGGCAUUUUCAUUGUCAUCAUAUCUUCAGACCCACCAGAGAACACACACAGGAGAUAAACCCUUCAAUUGCAGUGUUUGUGGGAAAGCGUUUGCACAUUCAUCAAAUCUUAAAAAACACCAGAGAUCACACACAACACACACAGGAGAGAAACCCUUCAAGUGCACUGUGUGUGGGAAGGCGUUUGCACAGUCAUCAACUCUUCAGACCCACCAGAGAACACACACAGGAGAGAAACCUUUUAAGUGCAGUGUGUGUAAAAAGGUGUUUGCACGGUCAUCCAUUCUUAAAUCACACCAGAGAACACACACAGGAGAGAAACCUUUUAAGUGCACUGUGUGUGAGAAGGCAUUUUCAGAUUCAUCUACUCUUAAACAACACCAGAGAACACACACAGGAAAGAAACCUUUCAAGUGCACUGUGUGUGAGAAGGCGUUUGCACGGUCACCAAAUCUUCAAAGACACCAGAGAACACACACAGGAGAGAAACCUUUCAAGUGCACUGUGUGUGAGGAGGCGUUUGCACGGUCAUCCAUUCUUAAAUCACACCAGAGAACACACACAGGAGAGACACCUUUUAAGUGCACUCUGUGUGGAAAGGCGUUGGCAAAGUCAUCAAAUCUUAAGAUCCACCAGAGAACACACACAGGAGAGAAACCUUUUAAGUGCACUCUGUGUGGGAAGGCGUUUGCAAUGUCAUCAAAUAUUAAGACCCACCAGAAAACACACACAGGAGAGAAACAUUUUAAGUGCACUCUGUGUGGGAAGGCGUUUGCAAAGUCAUCAUAUCUUCAAACCCACCAGAGAACACACACAGGAUAUAAGCCCUUCAAGUGCAGUGUGUGUGGGAAGGCAUUUUUUGAUUCAUCUUCUCUUAAACAACACCAGAGAACACACACAGGAAAGAAACCUUUCAAGUGCACUGUGUGUGAGAAGGCGUUUGCACAGUCAUCACAUCUUCAAAGACACCAGAGAACACACACAGGAGAGAAACCCUUCAAGUGCACUGUGUGUGAGAAGGCAUUUUCAUGGUCGUCAUAUCUUCAGACCCACCAGAGAAUACACACAGGAGAUAAACCCUUCAAGUGCAGUGUGUGUGAGAAGGCGUUUUCAGAUUCAUCUGCUCUUCGACGACACCAGAGAACACACACAGGAGAUAAACCCUUCAAGUGCAGUGUGUGUGGGAAGACAUUUUUAGAUUCAUCUACACUUAAACAACACCAGAGAACACACACAGGAAAGAAACCUUUCAAGUGCACUGUGUGUGAGAAGGUGUUUGCAAAGUCAUCAAAUCUUAAAAAACACCAGAGAACACACACGCAUCAGAAAAUCCACAAGAAGUGUAAUCUGAAAUCAGCUUGUGAAAGUCAAAGUGCUGCAAUGACCCCAUUGUUUAUGAAACAAGAACUAGAAGACAAUCCCAGCCUGGACACUUUGAAAGGUAUCAAGGUGAAAUAUGAAAAGGCGAAAGUGAAAUGUGAAGAAGUAACAUUGAAGAGCGUAGAAGUGAAGGUUAAAUUUGAAGAUUCAACUCCAAAAUCGGACCUUCACAUAGAUGGAGGCAGUGUGAAGCAGGAACUAAAUUCUGACUGUGAGGCAGAGCGAGGCAACUCCCAGGAGUUUGUGGAUGUGGAGGUGUGGGUGGACUUCUUAGACAAUACAAAGUCAAAUGGAGACCAGGUAGAUGUGCAAGCUUCAGACAAUUAAGCUCCAAUGGAUGCACCUUUGUCACAGGCCUUUCUAAUGAAUAUAAUGUGAAGUUGAACACUCAAUUUCUAGGUUCAAACUGCAGUGUAAGAGUGGCCAGUAUUUGUGAACCUGUGGGUUGGGGCGAUCUCUAACCAGGAGUGACUCAAGUGUUUAGUAUCAUAUCUCAUCUUAGACACUCGAUGGGUGCCCAUAAUGGGCAUCUGCCCCUGUGUGCCACAAGGUGACCGUUCACUGGCCUGCAUGUGGAUAUGAGUUUGUAAGUCGGGGGCGAUGAUUGAUAUGCCAGUCGGAUUUGAACCUUGAACUUCUGCAACAAAUAGAGAAUGUACUACUACUUGGCUUCCCUCUAUGAGAGUGCUGCACAUAUAGGCCUCAUCUCGGCAGAGAUCAACUUGUAAAUACGUUGCAACGUGACGCAGUACAUUUCAGUAUAGUAAUAAAAUGUUGCCAAUGUGCCCUUUGAUUAUUUUGAAUCAUAAUUGAAAGAAUACCUGUCUGAUUUUGUACGUACAUACAACAUUUUGUGUAUUAAUGUAAAACAUGGAAUAUGUGAUGUCAGGACAAAGUAUCUGUUUUGGUGGUAACCUGUACAAAAACUCACGUGAGAGCUGUUAUUUUUGUGAUACGGGUCAAAGGGUAUUUUUGUGAAUCAGGACGCAUCUGACUGGGGCAACUCAUUGUCUUUGAAAUCGGGAGCAUAGUCGGAUCAUUCAUCAGUUAAGGUAUGCCACUUACAAGUUACGUAUAGGAGAUACAUUUUCCACAAGCACACUAAUUAUCAUUUUGUAUUACGUAUACAUUUUGUCGAACUGAGACUUGAAAUGGACCUUGCCGAUGAACAUCAGUUGAAGCAAGCCGGACUGUUGUUGAGACAUUGUACACCAAAACCAGUCCACAGGUGGCUUGUACUGAACACAUGUGUAGUGCCAUACGAGGGGAGGGGCUGCUGGGGGCUCUAGGAUCCUAGGCAGAUAAGCCCUCGGCGCCAGGCGCUAGGAUCCCAGGCACCCCAAACAGUUAAGCCCCUUGGUGCCACCAACGGGGGGGCUGUGCGUGCUCUGUGGGAUAUCUGGGGGCACACACAACCCCACCCCUCGUUGGGGACGAUGCAUAAAAGGGCAGCUCCCUGGCCGAUCGGGGCCAGUUGCAGCUCAAGACCAGCCAGCUUAGGACCCUGGACCCCCUCGUCCCGCUUGUCCUUGUGUAGUGGUGAUACGCGCUGGGGUAGGGAUCGUGUGCCAGCGCGUAGUGAUUGGCUGUGUAUGUGGUGACGCGCGCUGAUGGUGGAGGAUCAGGGGUCAGCGCGGGGUCGUGGGUUACGUGGUGCUGAUUGGCUGUGUGCCGGUGACGCGCUGAGAGGGAGUGAUCGGGUGGCAGCGCGGUGUGAUUGGUUGAGUAGUAUUAACACGCGCUGGGGAAAACGGAUCGUAGAGAUAGCGCGUCGUCAUUGGUUAACUAAAGAGCGAUGCUCACGUCGACGUCCGCAUCAGCUCCGUCUCCCGUGAGCAGGGGCUAUAAAAGGGGAUGCACACAGGCGUAAAGACAGUAUGUAACCAGCGAAGACUGAAGACGGGGAUGAAGAGAUAGGGCCCUGCGGUACCUAGUCCCGCUGUCCUAACGGGACCGGGACUCUGUGUAACCCAGAGGCGAAUGCAUUGGGUGUAGCCAUAGGCAUAGGGUCUACACGAGUCGAAUGCAUGGUGUGUAGCCAGAGGCAUAGGGUCUACACGAGUUAAGUGAAGUGUGUGUAGCCAGAGGCAUAGGGUCUACACGAGUUAAGUGAAGUGUGUGUAGCCAGAGGUAUAGAGUCUACACGAGUUAAGAGAAGUGUGUGUAGCCAGAGGUAUAGAGUCUACACGAGUUAAGUGGAGUGUAUAGUGAGAAGAAUAGAGACCACACGUUGUAUUGUGACACAUCAAGAUUUAAUAAAAGUGUGUUACCCGUCAAGAAGUUCCUGCCGUCAUUUCCAAUACU